CUAAGGAGGGUGCUAAUGUUAAAUCAAUUGGGCCGGUUAAUUGGGCUCAUGAUUUUGUUUGUUAGGCUUCUCAUGUGAAGUUUACUUUGGGUCUAAUUGGCCUAAUUUAUUGGGCUCCUAAUUUCUAUUUGUUGAGCAUUUGAUGUCAUUAGCUCAGUUCUGAAUUUAAGAAUCACUCCUAAAUCCUAAUGGAUCAAUGGUGAUCAUGCUAAUCCAUCAUUCUUUUUUUCUCCCAUAAUACGAUCAAAUCAAAAGGAACGACAAUGGCAGGUCGAACCGGUAUCUUGAUAUUUAUAUCCGUUUUGUGGCAAGUCAGAUCCAUGUUGGAUAAUUUAUUAUGAAGAGCGGGUCGGGGCAGGUCAACCCAUACAUGUAUAUAGUUUAAAAGGAAACAUCAGAAAUAUUCAUUUUCAUUAAAAAAUAAUAAUUAAUAUAUAUAAAUAUAAAUCACUUUUACUGUUCACUAAGGAGGGUGCUAAUGUUAUCAAUUGGCCGGUUAAUUGGACUCAUGAUUUUGUUUGUUAGGUUUCUCAUGUGAAGUUCACUUUGGGUCUAAUUGGCCUAUUUUAUUGGCUCCUAGUUUCUAUUUGUUGAGCAUUUGAUGUAAUUAGACCAGUUCUGAAUUUAAGAAUCACUCCUAAUGGAUCAAUGGUGAUCAUGCUAAUCCAUCAUUCUUUUUCUCUCCCAUAAUACGACCAAAUCAAAAGGAACGACAAUGGGCAGGUCGGACCGGUAUCUUGAUAUCUAUAUCCGUUUUGUGGCAAGUUAGAUCCAUAUUGGAUAAUUUAUUAUGAAGAGCGGGUCAUGACAGGUCGAUCCAUACAUAUAUAUAGUUUAAAGGGAAACAUCAGAAAUAUUCAUUUUCAUUAAAAAAAUCAAUAAACUAUAACAUAAUAAAUGUUGUUAAAUUGUUCAAAAAAAUUUGAUGUUCUCGUCUAUUUAAAGCUUUAUUAUAGCUAAAUAAAACUAAAUCUGAAGUAAUUUGAGUAAAAUUACAUGUAAUUUAGGAAAAAACCGGUCAAGAAUGAAGUGGGUCAGAGCAGCGGCGGAUUCAGGGGGUGGCCACCCCGGGCCCCGGCCCAGCCCUCCCCUGGAUCCAUAGUUAAUAUAGGCCUUAUGAAUUUUUUGAUUUUAGAUAUUCGGGUCGUUGUUAUUUUAAAAUAAGAUUGGGUAUAAUUAGAAAAAUAAUUCAGAUAAACAUAUGCAAAAUCACUACUCUAAAUUUAGCUUAUAAAUUCUAACCCCAAAGGUUAUUCGUCUAAAAAAACAAUGAAACCUAAAAAUUCAAAAAGUUUAAAACGUAAAAGACUAAAACAUAUAUGAGGUUUGUUACCUUGAAAAAUUUACUAGAGCAACUGGUGGAUAUAGGGAUGGAAACACAAUGCAAAUUGAUUAGUAGAUUGAUUUGUCUAGUGUUGAUGCUGCUCGUUUCAACAGCUAAUACGAAUAGAACCUUUUCAACAACGAAACAUGUGAAAAUUGAUUUGCGCAACAAAAUGAGUGAUGGAUUUCUAGUCGAUUGCUCAAGUAUUUUAUUUGAAACAGUGUAUACUAUUGGUAUGGAUGUGGACUCCAUUAUUGAUCCAUUCGCUAAAUUAAAAUACCGUCGUGUACAAUUUACAUUGUAAAAAAAUUAUAAUUAUAUUUUUUUACUAUUCUAAUUUUCUAAUAAAAUGCGGCACAGUGCACUUCUGUGUUCUGGAUCCGCCGCUGGGUCAGAGUAGGCCAAGUUGAGGAUAGUACCCAUGUCCGUCACAUCCCGACUACGAGGCAGAUUUUACCUGCCCAAAAUAAGUUAAACAAAUUGGAUAAAAACAUGUUAGGUCAAAUUGCCAUCCUACAAACCAUAAUCAGUAAUCAGAAUACAAAAUUCCCAUUAAGAAAGACUAAUUUAGAUGACCCUACAAAAUUCUCAUUAAGGAUAAAUUUAGACGAGCAGGAUCAACAUGCAAGGUUCCCCUAUCCACUUUUUUCGAUUGUCUUCUUCCAAAUUUUCCUAUUACCCACCAAUUGUACCGAAGCAGAAUCGUAAAUGCGGCCGAUGAUCUCUUAUCUGCUUAUUCAAUUAAUUAUUAAUUAUAUAUAUAUUUGCAUUCAAGGGAGGCAAGGCCGCACAGACAAGGGAGGUUACAGAGAAGAGGAGGGUUGCGUCGCAACACCACGCUCAAAAGAAAUGCUCAUACAAUCAUCAAUAAGAAUGGGGCUAACGCCGGCGGUGGAUCAACAAGUUCAUGCAUACUCAGGGGAUACUGUGCUUCGAGAGCCAGUCUGCGACUCUAUUCCCCUCCCGAUAGCACUGUAGCACUAAUUCAAUACAAAGUUACUUACUGUGGCGGAUCCAGGAAUUCUACGUAAGGGUGUCCUCUAUAAAAAAAUAAAUUAAAUUAAAUAUUUAGAAUUAAAUUAAAUAAUUAUUAAAUUUGAAAAUAUCUAACUAAUAAAAGUUUCAUUAAAAGUUCAGACGUGUUUCGUCAAAUGAUAAAAUGCAUUCGGUGUUUAUAUUGCUCAACAAAUAUCUCUUGACAUAUCCUACUAGACAAGGAUAUCCCAUAAUUGAGUUUAAUCGGUAGGUUUUGAAAAUAACUUGAGAUAAGAAUAACAUUUUACUAUUAUAUUUGGAUCUAAAACACACUAACAAAUGAGUUGUAGUGUAAUUGAAAAUAUAUUAACUAAUAGUGGCAGUGUCCCAAAUUUAAAUCACAUAAACUACUGCUUAAAUAUUAUUUGUACCAAGACGCAAACUACUACGGGAGAUUGGAUAAUCAUUUUUCCAAAUUUUAAAGGUGUCUCACUACCACUUAAACAUUUUUUUCUCAUACGCAAACUACUAUCGUAGGUUGAAUAAUCGCGUUUCCAAAUUUUAGAGGUGUCCCGGGACACCCCUAACUAUGCAUGUAUCCGCCACUGGUUACUUAGACCAACUUCCAUAGUGUUUCAAAAUUCCAAAAAAUUGGAACUAACCAUAGAGAUCCAGACAAUCCAAAGUUCCAAUAGAUCCAUUUUUGCGGUCCAAAUUUGAACUAUAAAGAAACAAGAAGAUCCAAAAUUUAGGGAUCACCAGGGAAGGAAAUGUGCUAUUGGGUCUGAACCUCCUGAUUUGGGUUGAGUAAAUUAAGGAGAUCAAUACUAUUAUGGUAUUAGCAGUGGCAUUGCUACCUUUUCUUUUCAAAACUGCUACCAUCUCACGAUAUAAUAUAAUUAUUAUUUGAGUAAAUAUAAUUUAUUAGUUAAAUCUUUCAAAAUUUUCAAACUAUUAGUCCAACCAUUUAAAAUACAAAAUUAGCCAAACAUUUAUUAAUGUUACAAAGGUUUAGAUAUAUUGACUAAUAAAUUAUAUUAACUUCAAUGUUUUUUCUUAACCAAAUACUAAAAGUUUGGAAUGUUCAUCAUGAGCUGUCUCUUUCAACUCAAUAUUAUGUUCUCAAGUCAUCAUUACUAACAAAAUUGAUUUUUUUUGUUUGGUAAAAACUAACAGAAUUGCUAACGGCAGCUAACGAAUGACUAAUACUUUGUAUUUCAAAGAUUUGGAUAAUAAAAUAAUAAUUUUAACUAAUAAAUUAUAUUACUCUUAUUAUUUUAACGUUUUUGCUCUAACUAUAAAUGAUGAUUUUUUUACACUAUAACUAUAAAUAUUGAUUGACGUCACCCAAUAGUACAUUAUCAAAGAGAAAAUUUAAUUUAGAUAAUGUAAAUAUAAAAUUGAACGAUUGAUGCAAAUGUCAUGAGGGUCUAAGCGAUGGAUGCCGCACGUCCCUCACGACCCUCAGACCUAUCCUCAGAAUGUUCGCCGGCCCGAGCCACAGCGCUUCGCGCCUCGGGGGGCCGCGAACUUCAGCGAGCUCAAUGACUCCCUGAAGAAUGUUUUGCAGUAUGCAAGGGACAAGAGAUACCACCUCCGCUGGCCGGGCCCUAUGCGAGGGCGUCCGAACAAACGGAAAUUGGAUAGGUACUGUGAAUUCCAUCAUGAAAGGAGGCAUCACACGGGCGACUGCUACCAGGUCAAAUCAGAAAUCCAGGGGCUUGUGGAUAGGGGAAUGCUGAGCGAGUUCGUGAGAAAAGGAGAGGAUAAGGCGCAACGAACUUUCAUGGCACAGGAAGAAGAGGUGGUGGCGCCUCGAGAGAGCGCACCCGGAGAAUGGAGUUGCCUAGAGAAGGCGAAGUGUUACCCCCACCUACCUUUGAUAACGAGCGCCCCGAGCGGUGCGUUCGCAUCUCAGCCCAUACAAGCAUUGAAGCGAUCGAGUCAUUAGUCGAGUUGUCGAAGGAAUUCGCAUAUCUCUUUGCUUGGAGCGCUCGGGAGAUGUCGUGGGUGAAGCCGGAAGUUGCGAUGCGUUGCUUAUCGGUAGGGAAGGGUGUGUGCCCAGUGCAACAGAAAAGGAGGCCCUUGUCGGAGGAGAAAGAAGAGGCGUUGCGCAAGGAGGUAGGCAAGUUACUCGAUGUCGGAUUUGUGGAGGAGGCGCGGUAUACGACAUGGUUAUCCAAUGCGGUGCUAGUGCCCAAGGAGUCGGGCCACUGGAGGAUGUGCAUUGAUAAGCUGGUGGAUGCAACCGCCAACCACGAGGCGUUGAUUUUUUUGGACAUGUUUUCCGGGUAUCAUCAAAUUCUUAUGUGCGAGGAAGACCGGGAGAAAACCAUGUUCAUGACUCCCUUCGGCAACUUCCAUUACAAGGUUAUGUCGUUCGGGUUAAAGAAUGCGGGGGCAACCUACCAGCAUAUGGUAAACACCGUGUUCCAAAGGCAGACCGGGAGGAACAUGGAGGCGUAUGUGGAUGAUCUAGUGGUCAAGAGAAAGAGAAGAGAUGACCACUUGAAUGAUUUGCGCGAAACUUUCGAGACCAUGCGUGCCCAUUCUCUCCGUCUCAACCCACUGAAAUGCGUUUUCGGAGUUGAUACCGGCAAGUUCUUGGGUUUUAUGAUAACAAAGAGGGGGAUUGAGUCCAACCCAAAGCAAGUGGAGGCAAUCGGGCUCCUCGAGCCCCCAAGAGCACCAAAGGAAGUGCAAAGUUUGAACGGGCUCCUAGCGGCGUUGGGGAGAUUCAUCCCACGAUCAGCCGACAGAGGUGCUCCCUUCUUCCGGGUUCUGAAGAGGGUUGCGCGCUUCAAGUGGACGGAGGAGUGCGACGAGGCAUUCGAGCAAUUGAAGAACAUGUUGGUGGCGCCCACUGUUAUGACGGCGCCAUGGGCGGGCGAGGUGCUAUACCUCUACAUUGUAGUCUCGCGUACGGCUGUUAGUGCGGUGCUCGUUUCGAGGGUGACAACAGAUGGGGAAGAGCGCCACGUGUACUACGUAAACAAAGUAAUGACAGGUCCUGAGACGCGUUAUGCGCCCAUUGAAAAGGCAGCCUUGGCUGUUGUCGCCGCGGAAGAAAAGUUGCGCCCAUACUUUCAGGCGCACGCUGGGGUGGUGCUCACGAACCUGCCAUUAAAGAGCACGCUGGGGUCCAUGGAUGUGGCGGGGCGCAUGGUGAAGUAGGCGGUUGGCACGCUACGACACAACACCUAAUAAUGGCCAAGUGUAACCAAUGAAAGGGACUACAGUAUAGUGGCACAAGUAAUAAAUAUCGAAUCCACGGGUCUCUAGAGUUACUAUUACUCAGCUUCAGUUCAUUAUCUAGCAAACUAGAUUAAGGAUUUAUUUGUAAACUACUCUACUGACUACUCUACUAAUUACAAGUUGGGAACUCACUUAGGUAUGAUUCCCCCUAGCUCCUCAAUUAGGUCCAAGUUGCAAUUACUUUUGGUUGAUCUACUGUUGAUUAAACUGCGGAAGAUCCUAAAUUAGCUUGGAAUCUCUUAAGCUGACCAAGCCCUCUUAGACAGAAUACCCGGCAGGCGACUAGCCUUCACUGGGAUAGACUGAUAAGGCGAUUCACACUGAUCUCCACUACUGGAAUGAAUUCGCGUACAAAGC